AUGCCUCUCCCUCGAGAGGCUAAUUUAAUUCUCUCUCUCACAUACUCUCCUCUGUACUUCCAACAUAGAGGCAAGGUGCUUGGCGGAUGUAGCUCCAUUGCCUUCCUGUCUUGGAACUGUGCUUCAAAGUUCGAAUACGAUGCAUGGGAUGCCUUUGCUUCGAACAAGGGGUGGAACUGGGAAGGCUUGUUGCCCUACUUCUGCAAGUCCACGGCUAUUAAAGCAGACCAAGUGAACACCUUUCCGGGAAUUUCUACCACAGAUACUUCGGCUGGAAACAAUCCCGAAUAUUUAGGCCUCGACGGACCUGUUCAACUGUCUUAUAAUCAGGUUGACCCCGAUACUGUUCCUAUCUAUGUCAAGACGCUCAACGAAAUGGGAAUCAAGACAAACCCAACUCCGGAAAAUGGUGAACUCACUGGCAUGAUAAAUUCGCACAUGAACAUCGACUCUCUUACUGGAACCCGCUCAUACGCAGCAACCACUUACUUCCGUCGCUCUGAAUUGCGUAGCAACUUCCAUGUGUUGACGAAAGCACAAGCGACGAAAAUUCUCUUCAACCCUACUAGGAAAUCAGCUGGAAUAGAGGCAACUGGAGUCGAGUUCCAGGUUGACUCGCAAACAUUCACUGCACGUGUGAGAAAGGAAGUAAUUCUCACAGCGGGUGUCUAUCAGUCACCUCAACUCUUGGAGCUAUCCGGGAUUGGUAAUCGCGGUCUGCUAGAGAAGUUAGGUAUAUCGACGAUCAUUGAAUUGCCAGAAGUGGGCAAAAAUCUGCAGGAUCACUUUGUCGGGAGCGCUCAAUACGAGCUCAAGCCUGGAAUCCUCACUUUUGACGAAUUGAGGAACAAUCCCGUUUUUACUGCUGAGCAAGCCGAGAUUUAUGCAAAAACGCAUGGUGGUAUGCUCGCAUCAUUCAAUACCGCACUAUCCUUUCUUCCUUUCUCUCACUUUCUCGAUGAUGAAAAGGCCAAGUCCCUUGUUGAAGCAUUCGAUCAGGUCCUCUCUAGUAGGUCUGAAACCACUGCUCUUCAAGCCAAGCAAUAUGCCGUACAGCGUGAAUGGCUUGCAAAGGGUGUAGUUCCACAAAUGGAGCUCAUUCUUUUCAGCAAUGGUUUUGUCAAUCCAGAGCCUGGAAAAAGCUAUAUCACUGUUCUUGGUGCUGGAUUGCACCACAUCAGCCGAGGAUCUGUGCAUAUUAAAUCAAAAGAUCCUCUUCUGCCACCUGUCAUUGACCCGAAGGUAUUCGACAAUGAAUUUGAUGUGAAGCUGUUACUCGAAGGCCUGAAGCUUGUGCAACAAGUUGCGAGUAUGAAACCACUGGCAGAUAUUAUUGAAUCCACCAUGAUUCCUCCACCAGCCCUGCAAACUGAUGUUGAAUUGAUUGGAUAUCUCAAAUCAUGUGUUGGUAGUGCUCAGCAUCCAAUGGGGACUGCAUCUAUGGGACCACAAGAGCUCGGUGGAGUGGUGGAUGGUGAUCUCAAGGUAUAUGGAACAACUAAUCUUAGGGUAUGCGAUGCAAGCAUAAUCCCUCUUGGUUUGGGUGCACAUCUGCAAGCUACCAUCUAUGCAAUUGCAGAAAAGUUAGCAGACAUGAUCAAGGCAACUGGGACUAGGCGAAGCAGCGCAAUGCUAGCAGACUGA